ACGAUUGCUGUUCUCAAACAGCUUUUCAGUGCAGGGGAACGGGGGAAAAUGGCCUCACGGUUGACAAGGAUUUGGCCCAUGCUGUCACGGGUUCGCCUAAAUACAGCAUGCGGGACUCGCUUCGUGUCUCAAACUCCAUCAUCUAGCGCAGCUGGAGCAGCUACUGUUUCAGAUUUACAGCCGGUGACUCCUGCGAAAGACAGCCAUGGACACGCAGAGGUCAACGUAUUUGAGAAGAAUCCAGACUACCAUGGAUUUUCAGAAGACCCAAUUGUGGAUGAAUGGAAUAUGAAACUGGCCUUUUUCUUUGGAAUUUCCGUGGCCAUUGUCAUUGGGGGCACUUUCAUCCAUUAUCUGCCUGAUCACGGCAUGAGGCAGUGGGCAAGGCGGGAAGCAGAAAGGUUGAUUGUUCAGAGAGAGGCUGCAGGUCUUCCCCUUAUGGAUGAGAACUAUUACGACCCCAGCAAGAUUGUCCUACCAUCAUCUGAAAAGGAGUAGGCCCUACCUUACCAGCCUGUUGACUGAUAAUCUGUUCAUUUUGUCUUUGACUGUACAUUUGAUUCUAGUAAAACGAAAGUGUAAUAAACAUAUGUAUUAUUCUAGA